AUGGAAGUAUUUGUUCGGGCUCUGUCCCGCAUGCUGAGCUGGUCGGCAUCGUUCUACCCUCAGAUUGUAAUCAACUACAGACGUCGAUCGACUUCGGGGCUUUCGAUUGACACACCCACAAUUAAUACCCUGGGGUUCGCGUGUUAUACGGUCUACACGGCUACCUUUUUGUAUUCGCCCAUGAUCCGUGAUCAGUAUGCGGCCAGGCACCCGGCAUCAGAGGAGCCCACCGUUCGCUUAAAUGACUUUGCAUUCGCUCUUCAUGCCGUGUUCUUGUGCUUCAUCAUGUACACGCAAUUCUGGCCCUCAAUAUGGGGACUGCACGUGUCUCGCUUCCAGAGAAUUAGCAAGACCAUGCUCGCGCUGUUCUGGGGAUCCGUCUUUGCGCCCGUGGUGGUGAUCUGGAUAGUGCUUGCGAAGAGCCCAGACGGAGGGUAUGACCCUUCGACCUGGGCGUGGAUUGACGUUAUCUAUGCAAUUUCUUAUAUCAAGCUUGUCAUCACGGUUCUCAAGUACGUGCCGCAGGCGUGGUUGAAUUAUAAGCGGAAGUCGACUCACGGCUGGAGCAUCAUUCCGAUGCUUUUGGAUUUGAAUGGCGGCGUUCUAUCACUGGUGCAGUUGGUGCUUGACUCCAGCCUCCAGAGCGAUUGGAGCGGCAUCACGGGAAACCCCGUGAAGCUUCUUCUGGGCAACGUCACCAUCUUCUUCGAUCUGAUCUUCGUUGUGCAGCACUAUAUCUUAUACCCGGAUACAUUUGAUGUGAAGAAGCCCCAAGACGGAGAGACCAGUCCCUUGUUAGCCGACUCGGCUGAUCAGCAUUCUGUAUGA